ACGACCAUUCGAUAGCGCAGAAAAUGAUAAAAAAAAUAGUACCAUUCGAUAGUAUCGAUAGUACCAUCGAUAGUUUUACAGCUCUACUGACAGGAGACGAACCAGAAAAGAUAAAAAAUUGGAUAAGAUUUUCAUUUCUCAGUUCGACGAUAGUUUUUUGAAAAUAUACGCAAUUUUGAUUGUUUCCUCAACACAAAAUGACGCGUCGGUAUCAUGCGGCUGGUAGUGUGACGUUAUUAGGUAUAUUUUGUAUAAUAUUUAACUUAAUGUUGACCAAAGCGGACAUACCACCAGCUCAAAGUAAUAUUACCAAAUUGAGUCCGGCUGGAAGUAACACAGUAAUCCCAAGUAACGGUAUUUUGAGCAGUACGGCAGCAACACAUUUAGUAAACCCGUUGAUGCAGCCAACAAACUCAACGCCCAAAUGUGUUUGUGAUGGAGCUUUGGUUCCACGCUUGAGUGAAAAUGGUAAAGUGCUGGAGAUAUGCCCAGAAUGCAAAUGCCAGCAUGAAGCGCGCAACACCACACUUAUAAAGGUCGUUGUCAUCAUUGUUAUUUGGAUUAUAUCAAUUCUGGUGAUAUACAUGCUCUUCCUAAUUUGCUUGGAUCCCUUACUCAACAAACGUGUUAAGGCGAAUUAUCAGGAACACACAAACGAAGAUGACGACGCAAGUGCUACUGCCCCACCAUUACCAACCGGCAUGGCAAAUCAAGAGUUGAACUCGCGUGCCAAUGUAUUGAAUCGUGUUGGCCAUCAGACGGAUAAGUGGAAGCGCCAAGUACGCGAACAACGUCGUCACAUCUAUGACCGACGCACAAUGUUGAACUAAAUUUUUGAAAUUUGAAUAUCAAUCGUAUUCAACAUUAUUAUUUUUGAAUUUAUCUUAAUUAAGACAUGUCAAGUGUAAUCGGUAUAUCUCAUGAAAAUUUAUAUACAUACAUGUCAUGACCAGCAGCAACUAUUCCACAUCUUGUACAGUGGCGACGAUCUCAUAUCGGGGAAGUACUUGAUUAGAAAAAUUUCCUUUUUUGUUGUUGUUUUUUUUUUUUUGUAAAAUUUAUAUUUCUAAAUCUAUGUAUUCCAAGUAAUGAUAACAAAUCUGCCCAUAUGCCUGCAUACUUACGAAUAUUCAUACAUACACUUAUGUGAAAAUAAAGGGUUUUAGCGAUAUUAGAAAGACAUA